UUCCAAUCAUCGCCAAACCCGGAUGUCGCGUAAGUAGAGGCGCGGCGCCACAAAAUAAGGUAAAAGUCUCGACCUCUGGAUCCACGGCGGCCAAAUGCAAAUCGCGUUUCAUGUGCGAGGAAUCUCGUCUCCUUUUACGGCGUCUGGCGUCUCUUGGAGAUGAAACGUCAAACCCCUGGCUUCCUUCUCACUGAGAGCAGUCCCGACGCGGUGUCGUCAUAUCCGGAUGUAGUCGCCCUCGAUUAGGCUGGCAUAUUUUCAAAUCCGCGGAUUACGCAUGCGAUGAGGCCAACUUUUCUACAAUCCGGCCUUUCGCCAUUUCUGCUCUCGAGCCUUGCUCUUCACGUUCUUUUCCUGCUCAACAUCUAUUACAAUGAGUUCUCCGCAGAGCCCAUCUCGCGACUCUCGUCGUGGCAAUGAGUCCGACGACGACUACUAUGUCCCUAGAACCCCCCGACGGACGCCUAUGGCGUGUAUUUUCUGCAGAGGUCGCAAACUAAAGUGCGAUGGCCGAACCACAUGUGCUAACUGUCAAAAACGGAACCUUGCAUGUACUUAUGUGCCAGUUUCUGCACAGCCUUAAUUCUGACAGUGGUGUCUGAGAAGAUCUAAUCUCUGCUUCUAUUCUAUGGACCCAGUGCCUAAUAUCUCCGGGAUUGAUCCCCUUAAUCGCUCACUUCCUGUGACAUAUCAUCGCUACUCCCUGCUCUGUUUGCUUUCUUGUUGUAUCAAUCACAUCUCCUGUUGUUCUAUCGUCCCGCUAUCCACUUAGAUUAUCUUAAUACCUUCGUCGUACCAUAGUCCGUUCGUACAUUGCAGACCGUACCUUACAAAUAUACAUUAUAUUAUCGC